AUGAGCAGUACUCUGGCCGUGCAAUUGACCACGGUCAAGCUGCAAUUGGCAUUGGCGCGGAGAUAUUUCCGGUUCUUUGGAUUCAUUGACUCCUUCCAGCGUAUGUCUGCCUUGCUGGGCAAAGAUGGCUUCAGUUCUGUGGCUGGGAUGCUAGAACUGGCUAAAUGCACUUGCUUUGGUCUUUACUUUGUCCUGGAAGACCUGACCACGCUUCACGCGAUGGGUGUUUAUGCAGUUUCCUGGAAUGGCCGUGUCAUGGACCAGGCCAAUACUUUCUGGUUCUAUGCGCUCGCUUUCUCUGUUGCUGGAGGUAUUUGGGCGCUUCUUGUCGGUUCCGCGGAGCAGCCUUCUAAGAAGAAUGGCAAGAAAAAUAACCAGAAGAUCUCUGAGAAGGCUCCCCCGGCUAAAGCGACUGUUGCCUCUGCCCGAGUCAAGCAGAUCGUGGUGGAUUCCUGUGAUUUGUUCAUCCCGUUAGAGCUUUUGGGAUGGAUGCCCACUGGAGACGUGGUGGUUGGAUCGACCAUGGUGUUGAGUACACUGCUGACUGCACAAGAUAUUUGGACUCGAGUGUGA